UGUAGCUGUUGGUUGUAUAUUUCUUAGAUAAUCCGGAUUUCGCGGAGUGAGAACUGAGAAGAAGUUUUGGGUCCGAAUGGUCUAAAUGGAGUUCGACUGCACUAAUUACGGUUUGAGAUCGUUUGUACCGGCGACAGAUUUUCAAGCCGAAGUAGGAGAUCUGAUAGAAAUUGAUCGUACAUUAUAUUCUGACUGGUGUUUGUAUGUUGGAGACGGCAACGUGGUCACGUUGACUGGACAAGACAUUCCGACAAAACAUGUCACCGUCAAGUUAGCUUCCCUGGUCGACGUUGCUGGAGUCAGUGGAGUCAGAAUAAACAAUAAAGAAGUGCCAGCCAAAGAAAAAUCUCUUCCACCUCUUCCAGUCGAUGAGGUAUUACAGAGAGCAUUGGCUGUGAUCGGGACUAAAGUCAAUUAUAACUUUUUAACCAAAAACUGUGAACACUAUGUAACUGAAUGGAAAUAUGGCCGAGGAUGGAGUGAUCAGGCUGCUACAACACUAAGUGUCAUGAAAACACUUGCAACAGAUCAUCAUACAGGGCAUAACUUGCUGGUUAAUAGUUUAACUGCUGUUUUGAAUUCCCCUGGUUCUCCAACUGCUAGAUCACCACCAGCUACUCCAACUUAUAACAGACAAUCACCAAGGCUUCAGAGGGCUCAACCAAGCCUAUAGGAUGGUAAAUAACCAAUAUUUAACAUUCUGGCACUUUGUCAAUAACUUCUGUUGUGAUUUCUAACGUUUUAUUUUCUUGAUGGCGAUGUCUACAACUUUACAAUUCAUCCAACAGUUUCAUUCAGUUUCAUCACAUGACAGCUCAAGGUCCAUCCCACAGUGUAUACAACUGCAUCUUUAUUUUGUGAGCAUUUUAAAAUGUACCUGCUAUAAGCAUGAGAUGUCAAGUAAUCAUUGUGAUUUAAAACGGAAAAACACACCUUUUUAUUUAUAAUAAAGGUGAUGAUGAUGUUUUCAUUUUUCAUUAAAUGUACAAAUAUUUGUACCUAUGAGUUUGAAUAGUAUCAAGCAUCAGAUGCUUAAAGAUUUCUUAGAUUAUUUUAAAGCAUGCUCGUACUAGUCUGCAUGAUUGAUAUUUUAUAAAUUUUAUUCCCUGUUAGUGAUAUAAUUAGUCAUUUUUUGUAAAGAAAACAAUUGUAUUUGAACCAUAUGUCUUGGACAUAAAUAUUGUUGAAUCGAAAUAAGUUUAAUUAUAAGCAAAUAAAAAUAUUUGUUGUCAUAAAA